AUGUCGCUGGAGCGUCAGGCCCAUACGCAGCCAUCACCAGCAGUGCAAGGCUAUGACAAUUUGUUGGCACUUCCUGUCUGGAAGGACCAAGCCUAUCUGUCCAGGGAAACACCUACAGCUAGGAUCCACUUGGGUCUAACCCUGACAAGAGAGUGGGAAAGGGAGCUGUCCCCUGGAGAACUGUCAUCUGCUUCUGCUCAGGACGAGCUCAUGGAGUUCGCUGACUCAGCCUCUCCUGCCCCUCUGGGAUGGGACAAAAGAGCACCUUGGGAUGCUGAUCUACCAUCCCUCAAGGACAAAAUGCAUUGCCAAGCAUGCAGCACGGCCCACAGCAACAGAAGAAUUUGUUACAUUGCUUCAAACGAGACCUCCAGCAAAGCUGAGGACUCUGCAUCUCUCGCCUUUCCGAAGAAGCUCUGGAGAAUUCUCCAGAGCCACCAGUUUCAGUCCAUCUGGUGGGUUGAUGAUGGCAUCUGUGUUGCCAUCAAUGAAGAGGCCUUCCAAAAGGAAGCGCUGGCAUGGGGAGUUUUUGAAACUGACAGCAUGGAAGGCUUCCUUCGUCAGCUCCACCUCUACAGAUUCACCAAAGUGGAACGUGACUCCGAAACAUCUGACUCUCUUGAUGAACUUCUGGCAGAAGAAGUAGCAGCACCUUCUGCUCCCAGCAAGUUACUCUUCUACUACCACCCCAACUUCAAGAGAGAUGAUCCCCACCUGCUCGAGAGGUGCAAGCCAAGACCUGGCCUCAAGAGGAGAGCACCAGCUCCAUUUUCACAAGGACUGCCUUUGAAGAAAAGCUGCCCCUCAAGACGUGCAGAUGGGCAGCCUGUGGGGGCAGCUGCUGCGUCAGUGGGGACUUCACCAGACUGCCAUGACUUCUCAAAUAUGAUGGAAAGUGUCUUUGCAACUUCAGCUGCCAGUUGA